AGAUUACCUAGUAUAGUACAGCAUUUUAAUAUUCUAUAUUAUUUUCUUCAUUAAGUAUUCUAAAUUUUUUGUGAACGUUUUUAAACUUAACUUACACAUUUCUGAAGCAAAUUAUAAGUGGUGUAAAUAAAUAUUCCAUGGAAACAUAGUUCCGAGUUAUUCUGUACUCUUGGUACAAGUAAGCAUAUUCUACGAUUUGGAGGCAGUUAACCACUAUUUUCAGAUUACCUUUUAUUACCUUUGUCGGUAUUACGGAACUAGUAAAUGGGUGGUGCAACGUUGUCGAUAGAUGCAGACGGUAGGUACAGGGUCAAGAGCACGUCAAGUUUGAUACUUAAAAUUUAAGUUCAACUAUAUGCCACCUGCGAUAAAAAUCGUCCAAAAUCCAAACCAUCAAGCUUAACAUGCUCUUGUCUGUGCCAGAGGGCGUCAAACGCGAUGUGUAUGCAAUGGACAGCAUGCUGUGCCCUGCUGUCAUUGCAGUUGUUGUCGCUGUUAGAGGCGCGAGCUACGCUACACUCUACUUUAAAUAGUCGCAACUCGUACCUAGUGGAUGAAGUAGCGCAACGACCAUGGUUCAUGCAAGGUGGCAAACGCCGACCUGUUGUCGACAGCGACAGCUUAUCUGUUAUGUGGCUAUUUCCUGAAGAUGCUCUGGGAGAUGCUUUAGGCGAGGACAGGAUCAUCGAUCAAUUAAUGUAUACAAUUUCAAGCGAUGUGCUGCUAAAUAAGACGAUCUUAUUAGCAAAUGAGUACAGCACAUGGAAUGUCCACAGUGGCCAAACAGAAUUCGUUCAAAAUAAGUGUCCGGUAGACCGGUGUAUACUGACUAUGAAUUCGGACGAGUCUGGCACCGCUGACGCGAUUCUGUUCAAUGAAUACCAUACGACAUUGAAUGCCAGGCGUCCGCCAAAUCAGAUAUGGAUCUUGUACUAUCUAGAAUCUAUCUACGCAGUUCAAUUUUGUCAAACAUCCCCUUUACAAGUAUUCAACUGGACGGCGUCCUAUCGCCGCGACUCAGAUAUCGUUACACCUUAUGAACGGUGGGUCUAUUACAACCCCAAAAUCACACAGAAGGAACUUGAUCGAAAUUAUGCUGCUAACAAAACCAGAAAGGUGGCAUGGUUUGUAUCGAAUUGCCACACCCGCAAUAGGCGGUACGAGUAUGCGCUACAACUCGCCCGGCACAUUUCUGUUGAUAUCUACGGAUGGUGUGGCCCCAACAAGUACGGCUGCCUGCGAAACGAUCCCAAUUGUUGGAAAAUGCUUAAUGAACAUUACAAGUUCUAUUUGGCGUUCGAAAACACAAACAGCAAAGAUUACAUAACGGAAAAGUUUUUCGUUAACGGUCUACAACAUGAUGUGCUGCCAGUGGUGAUGGGAGCAAGACAGGCUGAUUAUGCGGCGGUAGCACCACAUAAUUCGUACGUGCACGUUGACGAAUUCGCCGGUCCAAAAGAGUUGGCCGCUUACCUGCAUCGUCUUGACAAGGAUGAUAGUCUCUACAACUCCUAUUUCAAAUGGAAAGGCACUGGAGAGUUUAUAAACACGUAUUUCUUCUGCCGGUUGUGUGCAAUGUUGCACGCAAAUGAUCAAAGGCAACGCAAGCCGCGCUUCAUAGACGAACAGGUGUGGUGGGAUGAAGCGAACGGGCUGGGUUCAGAGGCAAGAAGGACUCCACCUCCACCGCGCCCUCUGAAGUCGGAAAUCGUGUCAGCCUUUUUUAAAUAACAAUAUUUCGCUUAUUGAACGCUAUCGGUCAUUGGGUAGAGAUCAAUUGCGUUGUGCUUGUAGCUACAGACCUAAGAAUGAAGAUAAGUACAAAAAGCCUGAGUGGUUGGAGGAACAUAAUGCUGGCAAGUCAUACACACCUUC